AUGGCUCCUCCCCGCGCACCGUACAUUGUGCCGGCGCUCAAAAAACACACGGCGACGGUCAUCAUGGCCCAUGGACUGGGCGACAGGAUGUCUCUUGCUCAGAACUGGCGUCGCCGCGGCAUGUUCGGUGAGGUGGCUUUCAUCUUCCCAAAUGCGCCAAUGAUUCCGAUCACAGUGAACUUCGGAAUGACCAUGCCCGGAUGGCACGACUUGACGAAGCUUGGUCGCGAGCUCGAUUAUGAAUCAGCCAUUCGGCACCAGGACGAGCCGGGUAUCCUUCGAUCUCGCGACUACUUCAACACCUUGAUCAAGGAACAGAUUGAUAAGGGCAUCAAGCCUUCACGGAUCGUUCUGGGUGGCUUCUCCCAAGGAGCUGCCAUAUCUGUCUUUACUGGUAUUACUUGCAAAGAGAAGCUCGGCGGUGUCUUCGGUCUGUCCAGUUAUCUCGUUCUCAGUGACAAGAUCAAGAAUUACAUUCCGGAGGAUUGGCCGAAUAAGAAGACUCCUUUCUUCCUCCCUCAUGGCUUGGAAGAUGAAGUCGUGCUGUUCGACUUCGGUGAUCUGUCGGCGAAGAAGAUGAAAGAGAUCGGCUUGGAGAAUGUCACGUUCAAGUCUUAUCCUGACUUGGGCCACUCCGCCGAUCCAGUAGAGAUUGAGGAUCUGGCGCGAUUCCUUCAGAAAGUUAUUCCUCCAGAGGACGACGGGCUGGCUUCUGCCGGAUUAUGA